AACGGACGCGCCUUUGUCAUAUUAUUUUUUAAUUUUAUAUAUGUAAUAAAAAAAAAUUUCAUUGUUAUUAUUUUACAAUCGCAAUAUUGAUAUUAUAGUGCACAAGAAUUUCCGGAAAUGGUGAAAGAAUUAAAAAAAUUAUUUAAAAAUUUGAUUAAUAAAUCAAGAACAGAUUCAAACUUGGAAAUAGAUGCAGUUGCUAUAAAUUCAACUACAAGUGAUAAUUUAAGGACCCAGCAAAAUUUACAAGUAGUGGAAAGAGAACAGAUUGAUGAAAAUAGAAAUGAUUCACAGCAUGAAAAUACUAUUGAUACCUUCCAAAAUAACGUCGUACCGUCAUCUAAUAAUAAUACUGUAGUAGAUUUACAUCCAACAUCAUCAUCAAAUAUGUGGAAUACUGCUGUGAAUGAAUUGAACAGUGUACAGAAUGUUUAUAAUUUUUCAAAUAUAGAUGGUUUACAUAUUGGUAACUCAAUUGUAUUUAAUGGUAGCAAUACGAAUGAUAAUGGUAGAAGUAAUAGAAAUCGAAAUAUUAAUUCAACAACAAAUGUACAAAAUGUAAAUCAAAGUCAAUCAAAUCGAAAUAAAAUAAAAAUUACGGAGUCGAUAAAUAAAUUAUUUCGUUCUGUUGAAGAUGUAGAAGAAUCUGUAUUGAGUGAGUUAUCUGAAUUCAUUGGUAAAAAUUAUCAAAGACUAAUGAGAGAUUUAGGUUUGUCACAAACACAAAUAGAGACUGUGGAAUUGGAUUACAAUGUUCUUGGUCACAAAGAGAUUAUAUUUCAACUCCUUUUAAAAUGGUCUGAAGAGUUCUUUGAAACUGCAAAUUAUGGGAAAUUAUCAAGAAAGUUAUGGAAAUGUGGUUGCAGGGAAUCUGUUGUAAAAUUGGAAGAAAUUUUAUCACGACACAAAACAAACAGAGAAUCUAAAGAAGAUGAAGAGCAAUUUAAAGUAGAAACUGAAGAGCAAGAUCAAAAACCUAAUCAAGAGUUUAGAGAAAGUGAACGUUUAUAAAUUACAACAGAAAAAUAUAUAUUAUACAUAUGUAUAUAUGUAUAUAAAUACUUAAUAUUUUCGGUAUAUUAAGAAUUUUUGCCUUUUGGAAAGUUAAUUAAGUUUUAUAUCUUUUAAAUCAAGUGUGAUAGAUUAAAACUUCAUUAAAAUUUAGAAAUGCCUUAUUUUUUUUUUAAAUUAAAUUAUUUUGCAUUAAAGAAAAAUAUACAAUCUGAAUAAUUAUAUAUGUAUAUAUUUUCUAUAGUUAUAUAUUGGGGCUUAUUCUGAAUAUUGAAACACUAAGUGAUAGUGAUAUUUAUCGUAAAAGUUUCAAAAAUUUUAUUACAGACACGAAUCAUUUGUUUGGAAUUAGUUUGCAUUUACAAUAAAAAUACCAGCCUUUUCUUUAAUUUUGGGAGUAAAUGAAAUAAAAUUAAUUUAGUAGAAAAAUUAUUAAAAUUCGUACCUUACAUAAUAAGUUAUAAUUUUUUUAACUGUUUUAUGUAUAAAUAUUAUUGAAAAUUAGAUCGACUUGUAAAUACAUUAAUAUUCUAAUAUUGUACAGCUGCUCAAAAUAAUCAAUGGCCAUAUAUUAAGUAACAGAAAAUUAAAUGCAUCACAAUCCAUAAUUAAUAUACAUAUUUCUUUUUAAUUUCAUAUAUAAAUAAGAGUUAUUUUGUCUUUUUAAAUUUUUAACAUAGAUUUAUUACAGAAGAUGUUAUACUUUAUUAGUUUUUUAUAAAAUUAUAUUAUUGAGUAUAUCUUGAAGAAAACCAGACAGAAAAAGAUGUAAAAUACUUUCCAAAUAAUUAAAAUUUUAAUAUAUCAAUUUUGUUUAUAUAUACUUUCAAUAAUUAAAAAAAAUAUUUUGUAAUGUGAUAAAUUUCAUAUUUGACUUGGUAGAAUAAAAAUGUGAAAAAGUUUUAAAACAA